AUGAUAUUGGUUAUGCUAGCUCUUGAAACAACAGAGCUUCUAGCCGAGUCAUUCCUCCCCAUGUCCGCAUUGAGCGGACUUGGCUCUCCACAAGGCAUCUGGCAUGUGCUUUUAUCGCACAGAAGUCUGAAGACUGCCUUGCGACAUGUCGCCCAGGCCCGAAGAGUGCCUGUCACCCAAAAGCCGCGUGAUCAAUCGUGA